AUGCUGGCGCCAGCACUUGAUACUCUUUCUGAUGACCUCAACGUCGAGUCAGACAUCGAGACCUAUCUCUUGAUGUCCAUCUUCCUCCUCGCCUACGCGGUCGGCCCUUUUGUUCUGGCACCGCUAUCAGAGAUGUACGGCCGAGUCGUCGUGCUUCAGUCAGCCAACAUGUUCUAUCUCGUCUUUAACACCGUUUGUGGUUUCUCCACGUCGAAGGAACAGAUGCUCGCAUUUCGAUUUCUAAGCGGUCUGGGCGGGAGUGCACCCCAAGCUCUUGGCGGUGGCGUACUGAGUGACUGCUUCAGAGCGGAAGAGAGAGGCACGGCGACCGCCAUAUACAGUCUUGCCCCUUUUCUAGGCCCAGCGGUUGGGCCGAUUGCUGCUGGAUAUCUCACCCAAUACAUGUCAUGGCGCUGGAUCUUCUGGACAGUCUCUAUCGCCGAUGCAGUCGUCCAAAUCCUCGCCUUUCUCUUUCUAUCCGAGACCUACGCACCUAAAAUCCUGGCUGUAAAGGCCAAGAAGCUGCGCAAAGUAACCGGCAACAAGAAUCUUCGCACCGAAUAUGAACGGCCAGACAGGACUUUUGGCCAGACACUGGCAAAGAAUUUGGUCAGGCCGUUCAGAAUGCUCUUCACGCAACCAGCGUUGCAGAUCACGGCGCUGUACAGGGCUUACCUUUACGGACUGAUGUAUCUCGUCCUCGCGUCGUUCCCACUUGUGUGGAGCGAGCAAUACGACCAGGAACCUGGUCCGGCAAGUCUCAACUACAUUUCACUCGGCGUCGGCUUCGUCAUCGGACUUCAAGUUUCGGGACCUCUUAUCGACAAGGUGUGUUGGCUUUCCUUACGCAGUUCAAAGAUCCAGACUGAUAUCGUCGAGGUUUACCGAACGCUCAAAACGAGAAACAACGACACUGGCCUUCCGGAAUUCAGGAUACCUCUCAUGUUCCCGACAGCCAUAGUCACGCCCAUCGGUCUUCUUCUCUACGGCAUAGCGGCACAUUUCAAAAUUCACUGGAUCGUCCCAAACAUCGGCGCAGCGAUCCUGGCUGCGGGGCUUAUUCUAUCUUUUCAGUGUGUACAGACAUACGUUAUUGAUUCGUAUGAGAGGUAUGCUGCGAGCGCUGCUGGAGCAGCCGCAUUCGUGAGAACGAUGGCUGGCUUCAGUUUUCCUCUGUUUGCGCCGAAGCUGUAUGAUGUGCUGGGCAUAGCAUGGGGGAAUGCGCUUCUCUCUGGGAUCGUUCUUGUGAUGGGCAUCAUUGUGCCGGUGGUCAUGUGGAAGUGGGGUGCCUGGCUGCGAAGCAAGAGUCAGUACUGUGCUGGUUAG